GGAGCGGUAGCUCCGCCCCACGCCGACGUCUCCACGGCAACCUCCCCCUCCUCCGCCUCCGGCUUCAGUUGGAGGUCGCCCCGUACCGGAAUGAAGGAAUGAAGGGGCCGCAGCUGCGAGCGCGUAUGCGCAUGCGCUGCCGUGCCCAGAGGCGAGCCCUGGAAUCCGCAGGGAAGGAGACCUGACGGAGCACCAGGAAAGGGUGGGGGAAGGAAAGCUGGGAGGCUCUUGGGGCCAACGGAAUGGAGAAAGGGUCUGGCCCCAAGGUGCCAGGGAAAAGACUGCUCAGGGGCCCCAAGAGAGACCGGAAGUCGAUCACCCUGCAUGUCAAGCUCGAAGUACUGAGGCGUUUUGAGGAGGGUGAGAAGCUCACGCAGAUCGCCAAGACUCUGGGGCUGGCCACCUCCACAGUGGCCUCCAUCCGAGUUAACAGGGAGAAGAUCAAAGCCAACUCUCAGGCGGCCACUCCCAUCAGCACCACCCAGCUGACUCGGUGCCGAGGCGUGGUGAUGGGCAACAUGGAGAGGCUGCUAAGCCUGUGGAUUGAAGACCAGAAGCAGCAGCACCUGCCCAUCAACACCAUGCUCAUCCAGGAGAAAGCCAAGAGCUUGUUUGAGGCCUUGAAGCGUGAGCAUGGGGAGAGCGCCCAGACCGAGACCUUUGGAGCGAGCAAUGGCUGGUUUGCUCGAUUCAAGGCACGGCACAAUGUCCUCCUGACAGAUGAACCUGCUGUGGCUGAUACAGAAGCAGCCCGCAAGUAUCCUGAAGUGCUUAGGAAGAUUAUUGAGGAUGGUGGGUACACGCCUCAGCAAGUUUUCAACAUUGACGAGACGGGGCUGUUUUGGAAGCGUUUACCUGAAAGGACGUUUGUGUCUCUGGAGGACAAAGCUGGGCCAGGGUUCAAGGCAUCCAAAGACCAUCUGACCCUGCUCCUUGGUGGCAAUGCUGCUGGGGAUUGUAAGUUGAAGCCUUUGCUUGUGUACCCUUCUGAAAAUCCCCGGGCUCUGAAAGGCUGCUCUAAGCCCAACUUGCCUGUAAUCUGGAGAUCUAAUCGGAAUGACUGGGUGACCAUGAGCAUCUUUCAGGAGUGGUUCACCAACUUCUUCUGCCCCACUGUAGAGAGGCACUGUGUUGAAAACAACCUCCCCAAUAAGGCCCUGUUGAUCCUGGACAGUGCCCCAUGCCAUCCAGUGUACUUGGAUGACCUCUCUGCCAAUGUGAGGGUAGAGUUUCUGCCCAAAAACACCUCCGCCUUGAUCCAGCCCAUGAACCAAGGGGUGAUCACCACCUUCAAGGCCUUUUACCUGAAGAGGACGCUGUGUCAGCUCAUACAAGAGACUGACGGGGAAGAGAAGCCCACCAUCCGUGAAUUCUGGCGAAGCUACAACAUCAUGACUGCUGUGGACAACAUUGCUGAGGCCUGGCAGGAGCUGAAGCCAUCAACCAUGAAUGCCGUCUGGAAGAAGAUCUGGCCAGAGUGCGUGUGCGCCUCCUCUGAGGCUGAAGCCCUCCCGCAGAUCCAUCAGAACAUGGUAACACUCGCUGGCCAUGGUAGCUUUGAGGGAGUGGUGGAAGAGGAUGUUGUGCACCUGCUUCAGUCGCAUGAGGAAGACCUGUCAGGGGAGGGGCUGGGAACACCCUCUCCGGGAGCAGGGCAGGACAAUGCCCUGGCCACCCUGCCAGAGCUGACCACUAAGCACUUGGCAGAAGCCCUUUCCCACUUUGACCGGGGGCUUCAGAUUCUUUCUGAUAACGAUCCCAAUCGGGAGCGGAGCUUGAAGGUGUGUCGAGGGGUGAACAGUGUGAUUAGCUGCUAUCGAGAGCUGUACAAGGAGAAGAAAAGGGGUGCAAAAUAGAGAAAGGAGGACUUCCAAGCCCCCUCCUUUCCUUAGUCCUUCCACCUUCCUUGGCUCUCUCACUGUGUGGGUGCUUUCACCUCUUCAUGUUUUGGUAGAUGGCCUUGGAAUUCUGCAGCCAGUCUUGGGGAUGAACCUGGUCUUCAAGACAGACCAUCUACCCAUCCUCCGAGGCCUCCCAGUGUGAGAGGACCUGUCCGUCUUGUGCUCCAUGGCCACAGCCUCUUCUGUGCUAGGGACAUGGGUGUGAAAGGAGGAAGCCAGUGUAUGAAGCAGGUAAAUCGGUAGGAGGGGGUGUUGGAGAUCUGCCAACUGAGCCCAUAUGGAAGAAGAGGGAAGGAAGGAAUGAACAUCUGCUGUGACCAGUGGGUGGCUUGAGAAGCUUCUGUGUGGGGAGCUGAGGGUGCAUCUCUAGGGGCCAUGACCACAGUUCUAUAAACCACUCUAGACUUUGCUGUUAAUAAACUCAUGUUUGGUUGACAAA